CGAACAGGCGUGUCGUGUGCGUGUCCGGUAAGCUCCAAAUAGCCAUAAAAAGUACUCAAACCUGAAAAACCUCCCGCCGUCUUCAACUGCUCGAGUACUCCUUUCACUACUGUACUCAUUUUCCGGUAUCGCCAUUUCCGGUGGAGUGUAACUUCACUUCACUGAACCGCCAUUGCUGUCUCCUCGCUUGUAACUGAGGAUUAAUAGAUAAUGACGCUAUUGAGGUCUCGUGAGGUGACUCCGGCGGCAUCUAAGGCUAAAGUUUCUUCUAAAACCCUAGAAAAUCAUGUAUUGGAACCGGUAACUCCGUCGAAAUCUCUUGAGACUUCUGUUCAGCCUUUAUGUGUUGUGACUCCUACUUCUCCUUCUUUGGCUAGUGGUGACAUUCCUCCUGUUGCUAGAAGGAGGAGUUUGAGAUUGGCUUCUAAAAAUGGUUUGAGUGAUGUUGGUGAAAUUUUAAAUAAUGAAGGGAAGAGUAAGGAUUUUGAAAUUGAUAAUGGGGAUACUGGCAAUAGUUUGAAGAGUGACGUUGGUGUAGAAAGUGCGGAUUUGGAUGAAGGUGAUCAAGAUUUGGGGGUUUUAGAUAGUGAAGCAGUUGAUGAAAUAGGUAUGAAUGAAUCUGAUGAUAUAGGAAAUUUAGUCUGCAGUGAGGGAAGAAUUGAAUGUGUUAAAGAGGGGAAAGGGGAUAAAAAUACAAGUAUGGAAGUGCAGGGUGAAGGGAAUACUAAGUUUUUGAGUUUGCGGUCGGGCAAGAAGAUCUCUAAGAGAGCUGUUGAAGAAUGCAGUGGUGGCGCUGUUGGUGAUGCUGGAAGUGUUAAUCAGAAUGAUUGUGAUGAGAAGUUGUCUCAUGGAAAGCUAAGUGAAGGAAUGUCAAACAGUUGCGGUUCAGAUGGCUCCAGCAAUAAGUUACAGACAAGUUCAGUUGAGCCUUCUAGUGUUAAGAGGAGGAAAUUCAGCAGAGAAGAGAAAUCUAAAGGUAUAGUUUCUGAACAGUGUUUGCCAGUGGUUCAUUCAGUGAAUUUGGAAUCAGAGGUAGCAUUUGGGAUGUCAAUUGAGAACACAGUACCUCAGUCUACCUGUUUGCCCGAAACCAUAGAUCUGUCUGUUCAGGGUGAUGGACUAGCUGCCACUUUGCAAAAUCGUGAUUCAAAGACAAGAAGGAUUAGUAGAGAGGAAAAGGGAAAACAAGUUAUGGCUGGCGAUGAUUUGUGUCAUGGUGUUGAUACAUUGGAAGGAAAAUCCAAGCAUGGGGCAGAGAAACUCGUUGAUGAAAUUGUUUCAAGAGCUAUUAAUUUGACAAGUCAAGAUGGAGAGCAAGUUGCAGAUGCCGAUGGCAGUGCAACUGCUACAAGAAGAGUUCAUAGAGAAAGGUUUAGGGAUAUUGCUAGACGAAAUGCUUCCAGGUUUGCUCAUUUCUCUUCCCAAGCCGAACAGGAGACCGAUGUAGCUGAAGAGGCUGCUGAGGAAUUUCCACAGGAGGUAGCGGAGACUGAAGAAAUAGAAGACUGGCCCGGUCCUUUUUCAACUGCUAUGAAGAUUAUUAGAGAUCGUGAAAUGAACAUCAAGCAUCAGCAGCAGAGUAAAUCUGAGAAAAGUAAGAUUGAAGUGGUAUGGGUUCCCAAAACGGACCAGCAGUGCCAAUCUAGAAAGCUGGUUGUUCCCUCAUUACAUGACUUAUGCAUGGACAUUUUAGUGAAGAAUGCUGAUGCAAUCACUUCACUUGAUGGUUUACCUGAUGCACUUAGGCACAAGAUUUGCCAGUCACUGUGUGACUCUCGGGAAAUGACAUAUCAAUUUUUUCGACUUCUUAUCAGUGGAUCUCCUACAGAGAUACGCAUAAGGGAUUGUUCAUGGUUGAAUGAGGAGAAUUUCACACAGAGCUUUAAAGGAUGCGACACCAACAACUUUGAGAGCUUUAAAGGAUGCGACACCAACAACUUUGAGAGCUUUAAAGGAUGCGACACCAACAACUUUGAGAGCUUUAAAGGAUGCGACACCAACAACUUUGAGAGCUUUAAAGGAUGCGACACCAACAACUUUGAGAGCUUUAAAGGAUGCGACACCAACAACUUUGAGAGCUUUAAAGGAUGCGACACCAACAACUUUGAGAGCUUUAAAGGAUGCGACACCAACAACUUUGAGAGCUUUAAAGGAUGCGACACCAACAACUUUGAGAGCUUUAAAGGAUGCGACACCAACAACUUUGAGAGCUUUAAAGGAUGCGACACCAACAACUUUGAGAGCUUUAAAGGAUGCGACACCAACAACUUUGAGAGCUUUAAAGGAUGCGACACCAACAACUUUGAGAGCUUUAAAGGAUGCGACACCAACAACUUUGAGAGCUUUAAAGGAUGCGACACCAACAACUUUGAGAGCUUUAAAGGAUGCGACACCAACAACUUGGUGGUGCUUCAACUGGAUCAGUGUGGUCGCUGUAUGCCAGAUUAUAUCCUAUUGGUUACAUUAGCUCGUCGUCCAAACAAUCUCCCUGCAUUGACGACCUUAUCCUUGAAAGGUGCGUGUCGUCUUUCGGAUGUUGGGCUGGAGGCGAUCAUCUCUGCAGCACCUAAUUUAAGGUCAAUGAAUCUUAGCCAGUGCUCUUUGCUGACAUGUGAUGGAAUUAGCUGUUUAUCUAAUUCAUUGGGAUCAGUUCUGAGAGAGUUAUAUCUAGACAAUUGCGAAGCAAUACAUCCCAUGCUUAUUCUGCCAGCAUUGCUAAAGCUAGAACAUUUGGAAGUUCUAUCAGUAGCUGGAAUCCAGACUGUGUGUGAUGCUUUUAUUAAAGAAUUUGUCACUAAUCGAGGUCAGAGUCUGAGAGAGAUUAUUCUGAAAGGAUGCAUGGAAUUGACUGAUCGUUCUCUGAAAGAUAUUUCACAAAACUGUCCCGGAUUGCGCGCUAUAGACCUGAGCGACUUGUGUAAAUUGACCGACUCUGCAAUUGAACAUCUUGCCACUGGUUGUAGAGAAGUUGACAAUCUAAAACUCUGUCGCAAUCCAUUCAGUGAUGAAGCUGUUGCUGCUUACGUGGAAACUAGUGGGGGAUCUUUGAAGGAACUAUCUCUCAAUGGUGUCAAAAAGGUUUCACACAACACUGCUAUGUCUCUAGUCAAAUGUUCAAAAAAUUUGAUUAGUCUGGAUUUGUCUUGGUGUCGCAACUUGACGAACGAAGCCCUGGGAUUGAUUGUUGAUAGCUGCUUAUCGUUGGAAGUACUAAAAUUGUUUGGCUGUUCUCAGGUUACUAGUGUUUUUCUGGAUGGGCACUCAAAUCCCCAAGUUAAGAUCAUUGGAUUGAAGAUGACUCCGAUACUAGAGCACAUUGAGGCACCAGAUUCUCUGCAGCAGGGGCCGCUACGAUAUUCAGCAGUGCCAUGGCACUCUGACAGAUGAUUUUAUUGGAAGUAUUAAAAAUGGAGUUAGUAUCCUCUGUGAAUGCCAGAAGUCAUAAUCUCUCUUUGAAACUAUACUAGAUAAGCUUUUGUGGUAAUGCUAUGUCAAGUGAAAACUUCCCAUGCUCAUGGAGACUGGAGAAUAGUUUCCCAUAUCUCAACAUUAUUUUGUAUUGAUUUGUGAACUAUCAUGUUCUCGGUGUUGGAAUUGGAUGACUAUACGUAGUUCUAACCUACUAGAUAUUACUUGUAUAACUCACUUCCAAAUCAAUUACCAAACGAUCUUGAGAAAUAAAAACUCUUAUUAUGCA